CAAGAAGCAUGCUUCCGGCAGCCCUCCCUUGAGGAAAAAACCGAAUUUCCAGAUCUGUUCUGCUCUGCGUCUUCCUCCCUUGCUGUCCGCGAAUUUCUGCUGGGUGUGCAUCCUUCGGCUUUUUCUGUUCCCGUGAGUCCCCUGCAGAAUUGUCGCCGGCCUCUCCCCCCUGCCAGGUCCGGUUCUGCAACUGGAAAAUUCUGGUUCGUGAUUGUUCUAUCACCCGAGCACUUGGCUUGAGUUUCCAAUUUUAUGCGAGUGAGGUAAGUAAAUUAUGGUAACACUCUUCGAUUUUAAAAGUAUAUUUUAACUUGUUUUUGAAGUGGUGGUGGGACUAAACCCGUUUUAUACAAAAAUGAGUAUGAUUGAUUUGAAAUAAGAUUAUUAUUUUUUUUAUUGAUUUGAGCAUGCCUGCUUGGAGUUUAUUUAACUGCCUUGAUGAUCUGGAAAUUAUCUGUAAAACUUUAUAAGGCAUCUGUGCACUCAUUCAUCCAUUCAUGAUCUCCAUUUCGCGUUUCUGCUCUUCUUUUCUUCUCCCUACAGCCGAACAAGAAGCAUGCUUCCGGCAGCCCUCCCUUGAGGAAAAAACCGAAUUUCCAGAUCUGUUCUGCUCUGCGUCUUCCUCCCUUGCUGUCCACGAAUUUCUGCUGGGCGUGCAUCCUUCGGCUUUUUCUGUUCCCGUGAGUCCCCUGCAGAAUUGUCGCCGGCCUCUCCCCCCUGCCAGGUCCGGUUCUGCAACUGGAAAAUUCUGGUUUGUGAUUGUUCUAUCACCCGAGCACUUGGCUUGAGUUUCCAAUUUUAUGCAAGUGAGAUACAAGAUAUAGGGGCAACAAAAUUUUGUUGUGGCCUGCAAAUCAAGCACUUACCAAAUGGAAUUUUUAUUUAUCAAUCAAAUUGUGUUGAAAAGAUGUUGAAGUGAUUUAGUAUGGACAACGCUCAUCCUUUGAGUUCACUAAUGGUUGUUUGAUCCCUUGAUGUAAAGAAAGAUUCUUUUCGACC